CCGCCACCACCGUCGUUCUACGCGAGUCGGGAGGCGUGCGUUGGUCUGGGCGUCGCGCGCCUCUCUCCAGGCGUCGCGCGCCUCGCGCCCGUGGGGCCGGCCGGCGGUACGCCAUGGUCCUCGUCGGGUCGCCGCCGAGCAAUGCGAAGCCGAGCCGCUUCGCGUCGCGGAACCUGAACUCGAUGACGCGCGCGCCGGCGGCGCCCCCGCGCGAGGCGCGGUCCUACGGCGGCGGCGGGCGGCUGCUCGUGCUCGGGAACAAGAGCGAGAAGAGCAGCGCGGCGAAGGCGGCCGCGGUGGUCGCGCCGACGCCGAUGAACACGCCGUCGCUGCGCCGCGAGAACCGGGGCCAGGACCUGUCGAUCAAACUCGUGCCGUCGGGCGGCGGCGGGUGGGCCAAGGAGGAGGCGCCCGAGCCGCCGCCCGAGGAGCAGAAGCGCAAGCUCGCGCCGCCGUCGGCGUCGUCGCCGGCCCUCGCGCCCUGGGCGAAGAAGCCCGAGGACGGCGCGUCGCCCGCGGCCGCGACCGCGCCCUGGGCCCGGGGCGCCGACGGCGCGGCCGCGCCGCGGGACUCGCACCCGAUGUCGGGCCCCAUGGGCCAGCCCGCGCGGCCGCCGGCCUGGGCGCCGGGGGGCGGCGGGCCGCCGUCGCCGCGGUCCGCGAACCAGCAGCCGCCCUGGGCGCGCCGCGACCACCCGGGGUCGCCGGGUCGGGCGCCGCAGCCCUAUGGUGACUAUGCCCGGCCGGGCGACGACUGGCGGCGGCCCCGGGGCCCGAGCGGCGACGCGGGCCAGCACGACGCGCGCUGGGGCGACCGCGACGGCGGCUCCUACGCGAACAUGGCGCCCCAGCCCCAGCUCCUCUCGCGGCAGCGCGGCGAGUCGGCCGAGAGCCGCGACGACGGCCCGCGGCCGCGCGGCGA